AUGGCAAACGAAGGAUUCUCUGGCUCAACCACUAACAACUCUCAACAAGCCACUGUCUUUUCAGCCAUCAACAUAUCAUUCGGCCACCCUCUAAGCACUGCUCUCACAGUAAAGCUUGACGACAAGAACUACACACUAUGGAAAGGAAUGGUCCUUGCGGUCUUGCCAGGUCAAAAAGUCGACGGCUAUGUUCUCAGGACAAAAACAUGUCCUUCCAAAUACACUACGACAACAAGUGACACUGGAAUGUUAGAACCAACACUCAAUCCGGCAUACGAAGAAUGGUCCGCUGUAGACCAAGCCUUUUGUGGAUGGCUGUUCGGGUCCAUGACACCAUCCAUCGCUGCUGAUGUUGUCAAUCUCCAAACCUCAAAUGAAGUAUGGACUGCUCUAGAAAUGCUCUUCGGGUCAACCAGCAAGGCACGCAUCAAUCAAUUAAGAAACAGUCUGCAAAACACCAAAAAGGGAGCCAUGAAAAUGACARAAUAUCUCGCUUUCAUGAAACAGACCUCCGAAGAUCUGAAACUCGCUGGUGAACCCGUUACGCUAAGCUAUUUGUCAUCAUGCAUAUUGACGGGCYUUGAGGCAGAAUAUUUACCGAUUCUUUGCACAAUCGAAGAUAAAGCCGACAGAGCCAACCCUACAACWAUAGACAACAGCAAUAUUCUUCAAAUCGAUUCCAUGGACUGUCACGGGAAAGCAACAACAGUGCACGGGGGACUAGUAGAAACAGAGGGCAAGGUCGAGGUAGAAACAAUGGCUAUAGAGCCAAAUUCACAUCAUGCUUCUUCAUCCAAUCACCAAGUGCAAGUUACUAUUGAAGUUGAACACAACUCCACUCCUCCGCCGGCCACGGCUGACGAUCGUCCAUGGGACCCCACUCUGGCUUCCACCGACGACAUGAACAAACUAAAACUAGAAGUGGACAAAAUAGUAGAUAUUGUGCGGAGUAGAAUGAUUCUGUACCAAGCUGCACUGAUGGGUGAGUGGCAAGAGGCUGAAUCUGUUAUCAAUAAGUACCCAUAUCUAUUACGAGCAUCGAUAACAAGAGACAAUGACAUUGCCCUUCACAUUGCUGCGGGAGCCAAGAACAGUGAUUUCGUGGAGAAGUUGGUGGGUUUAAUGGACACUGACGACAUUGCCAUACAAAACAAGGAUGAAAGCACCGCCUUGUGCUUCGCUGCUGCAUCGGGAGUGGUAAGAAUUGCAGAGCUAAUGGUAAAAAAGAACAAAAAUCUUCCACUUAUUCCUGGCUUCAACAACACAACUCCACUUUUCAUGGCAGUAUCCUACAAACAUAGAGAAAUGGCUUCCUACCUCUGGAGUAUCACUGAUAUCAAACAGCUAACUUCCAAAGAAAAGAGUGAACUUCUUAUUGCCGCCAUACACAGCGACUUUUAUGGCAUCAAAGGAACCAAUAGCAAAGAUGUGGCCAAGACAGUAAUUCCGCGUGCACUAGAUUAUAUGAUCUUAUGGCAAUUUGUUCUCCUAGAUACUCCAAUACUUCCACAAACAUUACUGCAUGAUGCUGCAAGGGCAGGAAAUGUUGAGUUCUUGAUUCUGAUUAUUAGCUCAUACCCAGAUUUUGCAUGGGAAUGUGAUGAUGAUGGUAAGAGCAUAUUUCACAUAGCUGUUGAAAAUCGACUUGAAAAUGUGUUCAAUCUGAUACACGAGGUUGUUUCGCUGAAGGAAUUCUCCUCAAAGUUUAAAUCAGUUAUAACUGGAAAGUACAACAUACUGCACUUAGUUGCAAAAAUAGCUGCUCCAAACCAUCUGAACAGGGUCUCCGGAGCAGCCCUUCAAAUGCAACGUGAACUGCUUUGGUUUAAGGAGGUGGAGAAGAUAGUUAUGCCUUCCCAACUGGAGGCAAAAUGUGAUGAUCAGUUGACGCCACGUGAGUUAUUCACAGAACAGCACAAAGAUCUUCGCAAAGAUGGAGAAGAAUGGAUGAAAAGUACAGCAAACUCCUGCAUGCUUGUUGCAACUUUGAUUGCCACUGUGGUUUUUGCUGCAGCCUUCACAGUUCCUGGCGGCAGUGAUGAUAAUACGGGCAUUCCUAUUUUUCAACGAAAGCUGUGGUUCAAUGUAUUUGUGAUAAUGGAUGCCGUUGCUUUUGUCUCAUCUUCAACCUCCAUUCUSACGUUCAUGUCUAUUCUAACUUCACGCUAUGCAGAGGAUGAUUUCUUGCACUCACUGCCCUCCAGAUUGCUCUUUGGACUUGCAUCAUUGUUCAUCUCCAUUGUUUGCAUGGUUUUGGCCUUCAGUGCAACCUUCUUUCUGAUCUACCAUCAAGUCAACAUCCAAGUUCCAGCCAUGAUUGUUGCAAUAGCAAUGGUUCCAGUUAGUUGUUUCUGUUUCCUCCAAUUUAAAUUGUUGGCUGAUAUUUUUCGCAACACUUACUUGUCUAGAUUUCUUUUCAAGCGUGGUCCACGUAAAUUGCUCUCAACAUCUUAUCUUCGAUCUUAG